GACGAGUUUGCGUGGGGGGCAGAAUUGCCAUGCACCCCAUCUUUCCACGGCUACCGUCCAACCCCUUUUGUAGGCAUCGCUUCAGCAUAUUGCCGUUUGCAGUGCUUUUUAUCUUCUUGAUACCUCGGUUGCUAUCACAAGUCCAGGCAAUCAACACAAUACCAUAGCAGAAAAGUACUUUUGAGAUCACAUAAGACACAGCGCGAGUCUAAGCAUCCCAAGAGUUCCGUGGUCGUGAUCAUUGAUGCAUAACGUCCCACCUAGCGCUGCUGCUGCCUCUUCUUCUGCAUUUUAUCCCAACAGUUGGACGCCGUCUCCUGCUAGUGGCGACUCUGAUCGCUCUCAAGCAGGGCGGGUAACAGAGUGGGCGAGGGCGAGUUCACUCGACAAGGGCUUUGGAAGGACAACGGGCUUGUGGUGGCAAUCUGGAACGGGCGGGUGGAAUAGAGAAUAUGAGAGUGCGAUGAAUGGGUGGGAGCAGGUUAGAAGAUCCGCCGGACAGGGAUCCAGCAGCAUAUGGCAAGAGUCAAAUGAGAUGACAGUUGACAACGGCGACCCUGCAGCGUGGAACACAAUGGGAACCGAUUUGGAACCGACGCAAGACGAUACGGGCUCUAUCGAAUGGGAAAUGGCUGCACAAGCAGAGGACGACGAAAUAGAAUCUGCAAAUGGAGAAACGUCCGCAGAGGGGUCUCAUCGAUUUUUCCGGUCCUUGCUCCAGUCUUGUUCACAAGGGUUUCAUUCGAUCGAUCCAAGUGCUCAUACUCCUGAGGUCCGACGAGCAAUGUUGGCUUGCCAACUUGGAUUGGAUUAUAUUGAUGCGUUGAAUAAUAAGGCGGAUGAGGAGGCUGCUGAGAAAGUUAGGAAACUGGAGGCGGUUGCAAACGAAGCGACAGAGACGCCUAGUGACGGGUCGUCUCUUCAACGAAGAUAUAUACCUCGACUGCCUGCUGAAAUCUUGUUGAGAAUGUUCAACUUUGUCUGUUACAAUGGUGGGAACAUAGGGUAUGUUCCUUCCAAAGCGGUUCGGACCCUAUUUUCAUGCUCUUUGGUGGCACGCAAUUGGAAUCAGCCCGCCAAUGCGGUGUUGUGGAAGCGGAUUUAUAUGGCAGAUCAACCGGCAAGAUUUGGUCGGUUUGUGCUUGGUUCUGCAACGAGCAAGUAUAACAAGCGUGAAUGCAGCGCCCUUGUACGUGUUCUUAGCGUGGCAUGUACAGAUGCGGAUCUAUCACUGCUCUCGGUCGCUUGCCACCAUACCACCGAACUUCAUUCCCUUGAGCUACACCGAACACGAGACCCCGAUGCACAGUCUUACCGCCUCUUGCAAAGAUUACCCGAUAGAUUUCCCUCCCUUCGCUCACUUGUCGCUGAUACCAUUCAUCCGUCUGCAUGGCGCGAUUUUUUGCGACUUUGUCAAACUUGUCCCCUCCUCUCCAACCUUCACAUUAGCUUUGCUUCUGCCGAUGACAACGAUACGUUCGAUCCUCCACGAGCAGCAGACUUUGAAGCACUGUUCUCCUGUAUACCCUUCCUGCAAUCUCUAAGUUUGUGGCGUGUACCAUUACCUGCAAAUGAAGAGGCCUUUGUUGGAUCUCUCGCAACCCAUUGUCGAAAUCUCCGAGCAAUACGUAUCGAUGAUUGUGGAACGGAUCUCACGAUGGGGCUGGUGGUGGAUGUGUGGAAUCGGUGUCGGCAGUUGCAGUGUAUUACGUUGCGGAAUAUUCGACAGCCGCCACGACGAAGUUCCAUCAAUCUUGAAGCACUCCCUAGCUUGCGGACACUGUUGAUCGAUGGGUGUUGGUUAUCUGAUGACUUGUUGUUGUGCAUUGGGCGACAUGCGCCGAAUCUUGAGACGUUGUAUAUGGAAAACGAUUGGCGAGAUGCAACCGGCGCUGUUGGGAGUGUGGUGCAUAUAACAGAUCGCGGACUUCUUGGACUGGCUCCACACCUUCGUAAUCUCCGAACGGUCAGUCUAGUUGGACUUAUGGGUGGCCCUCACCUGACAGCCCGUUCUGUUCGAGCUCUCUUGUCCUUUAAUCGCAACGUAACAGCACUCAAUCUUGCCCGACCGGAUCAUGCGCUUGCACAUCUAUCGGAUUCAAUAUUUUUGGAACUUGCACCUUGCUUGAUGAAUAUCAAACGAUUGGAAUUGUACAUGCAAACGGAACUUUCUGAAGAUGCGAUCGCUCAAGCGUUGAGUGACGCUUAUCGACUUGUUUCUCUGGGUCUAUCUGGAUGCCAUCAACUGAGCGACGCAACGAUAUCCGCCCUCCCACAACUCUGUCCCAUGCUGGAACGGGUGGAUAUGGCCGGGGUGACGUGUAGCGCCCAAGGAAUGCAAGCCCUCGUGGAUGCGGCCAAGCGGCUAAGAGAAUGUGUUGUGGAUUGCGGAAUGGGGGAUGGAGUUCGAUGGGGCAAGGUGAUGCAUUUCGACGAUCCGUGGAGUGAGGAUGUCUUUUCACCUUACAGUGUUUGGGAGAGAGAAGUGAGACGGGUAGCGAGGGUUGCUGGGUUUGUUUACUAAAGAUGAGGGCGAUGAUCCUUGCUUUAAUUAUUCUUGUGUAGGAUAGUAGAUUUUUUUUAUAUUCUUGACAGUUUAUUAUACACUUUUUUUAAAGGCAUA